AACAACGACGGACUAGCGACGUUUUCGUCUUUUGUAUGAUGAUGAUGAUGAUGAUUAUUAUUAUUGUUUUUUUAUUCAGUUCAUUACCCGUACAGUUGGUGGCGGCGUGCACUAUAAAUGAGUGCGAACGCUAUUAUAUCAGAGAAGAAGAAGAAUUGUUACUACGUGAUGAUGUCGCUACGUUGAGACGUUCAAAUUGAUUGACACGUAGCUACAAUUAGUGAACAAGGAAGAAAAUUAAAAGUAGAGAUAAUUAAAAUACAAGAAAUAAAGCUAGAUCUGUCAAGAUCUCAGAAUCCUGCCUCAAUAUGAACAUAUUUGACCACAGCAUCAAAUUUCAUGCUCUCUUCAAGUUCUCCCAAAUUUCCCACUCUACCCAGUUACACCUGAAGCAUGUCUACUCCAGCUUGGCAGUGUGCAUGUUCGUGGCUGCAGCAGGCUCUUAUGUCCAUGUUGUCACACGGCUCUUUCAGGGUGGUUUGCUGUCACUUCUGGGUUCCCUGGGCAUGAUGGUUUGGUUGUCCAUGACGCCACACAACUCAGAGACAGAGAAGAAUAGACUGGCUAUCCUUGCAGGGUUUGCUUUCUUCACAGGUGUUGGUCUUGGACCGGCAAUGGACUUUGUCAUUACCAUUAACCCAAGCGUCAUUGUGACAGCCUUCCUCGGAACCUCCAUGAUCUUCAUCUGCUUCACUCUCAGUGCUCUGUACGCCAAGCGUAGGAGCUACCUCUACCUGGGAGGGACUCUGAUGUCUGGAUUGUCCAUCUUGUUCCUUGUGUCUGUGUUGAACAUGUUCUUUGGAUCAGCAAUGCUCUUCAAGGCUCACAUGUACACGGGGCUGGUCAUUAUGUGUGGCUUUGUUCUGUUCGACACUCAGCUCAUCAUUGAGAAAGCCGAGAACGGAGACAAGGACUACGUCUGGCAUUGCGUGGACCUGUUCCUCGACUUUGUGACCAUUUUCAGAAAACUCAUGAUUCUUCUUGCCAUGAAUGAGAAGGACAAGAAGAAAGAAAAGAAGUAGAUGGAAGAAAUCCAAUUGAAGUUUCAAAUAAAAAAUGAUCUGUGAUAAGGAACAGAACCAGCAACAAAGCCUCUGUCUGCAAUGCUGUUGGUGCUUUUACUAUUUUUCGUUCUUUGUUAGCGUAUGGUAUAUUGUUUUUGUUGCUUUGUUUUGAGCUUGCAAAAGGAGGUGACGAUAAAAGGCUGUAUUUUAAGCUACUGCUGCAGUGAUGAUGCUUGUCCUGUAGGGGGAGUGGUUGUUCUAUGAAGGCCUACAUUCGCAGAACUGUCUGAACUUUUUAUUUUUUUUAGCCAUUAAAAAAACUAAUACAAGAUUCUUUUGGCAGGCUGUUUUGAGCUUUUGGAGAUGAAUCAUUGUUUUAUUUUAAGUCAUAAUAUUUUGGUUCGUUGUCAGUGCUAUUCCCGCAAUCUUUUUUGUUUUGUUUCAUUUCUAGAAAGUAUGUGACUGACAUCAUGACCUGUGAUAGUCUUGAGCAACACUCUCCUUGAGCUUUUUUUAUUGUCUACUGCUCCACUUAUGUGUUAUUUUGAAGAAUAACCUUAGAAACAAUCUCUUGGUACCGUUUUGGUAAUUCAGAUGACCUUUCAUGAAGAUUUAGUGCACUUUAUGGUCAGACUGGUGAGCUUUUGCGGCACAAAAAGGACUGGUCAAGGCUGUAGAAUAGAUGGACCAACUGCCGAUGCAUUCUCUCACAAGAUUUUUUCCAAUUUGUAUUUUCUUUCAUGUUUUGAUCAUCUGUAUACUGUGAAAAACACCUUUUACAAGUGUAAUAAUGAUAAUCUAAUUUGAUACAUUUAUUUAAAUACAUUUAAAAAUGUUUAACUAAA